CAUACAAAAAUCUUUCGAUAAAUCACAGAAAGAAGGAGUAUAUGAAGGUUAUUUAUCUCCAUUUAUUUCCACAGCAAAAGCAGCAGCAGCAGCAGCUAUCCAUCAAUGGCGCCUUACUGUUCAAUUUCAAUCUAUCUCCUACUCCUUCUCACAACCUCCACUGCCUCCCCUCUCUCCUUCAACCUCUCCACCAUCACGCCUGAUCAUGCCAACCUCCAGAUCAAGAUCAAAGGCGACGCCUAUAUAUCCCCAGAAGGCCUCCAGGUCACCACCAACGACAGGAGCCGCCUCAGCGAACUCGGCACCGGCCGCGCCACCUACGCCGAACCCCUGCACCUCUGGGACAAGGCCACCAACAACUUGACCGACUUCGACACCCACUUCUCCUUCGUCAUCCAGGCCACCGGAUGCGCCGCCGACGGGCUCGCGUUUUUCCUGGCUCCGGUCAAUUCCACCAUCCCGCCGAACUCCUCCGGCGCCGGCCUCGGCCUCGCCUCCAAGGACGCCCCCGGGAACGCGUCCGAAGUCCCAUUCGUGGCGGUUGAAUUCGACACAUACUUUAGUUCUGAGUUCGACGACACGCAAGGCCAGCACGUGGGGAUCGACGUGAGGUCUCUGAACUCCACCGUGUAUGCGCCGUGGAGAAACAAUCUGACGGAGGGGGAUGUAACUGAUGCUUGGAUUAGUUAUAAUUCUUCAAACAUGAUAUUUCGAGUCACUUUUAAUGAGUUUAAUGUACAGCCGCCUCAGUUAUCGCGUAUUGAAUACACUGUAGAUCUCCGGACUAUUCUACCGGAGUUUGUGGACGUCGGCUUCUCUGCAGCAACAGGAGACUGCUUCCAGAAAAACAAUGUCAAAUCAUGGAGUUUCAGUUCCACUCUGGAUCUGAAAACCGAAGAUAAUGUCACCGGCCCUGACCCCGGGGAUACGCGUCCACCACCUAAUGAAACCGGCCCUGCCCCCAAACGGGUCGGGUUAUUUGCGGGUUUAUCUACUGCGGCAGCGGUUGGGCUGGUUUUGGUGGGAUACUGCCUUUGGAGAUGGAAAAGAGGAGGGAGAAAUGGCGACGAGGAGGACGAGGAUGUUUCGGCUAUGGAGAUGGAUUUUGAGAAGGGGAGUGGGCCUAGAAGAUUCUCCUACAGAGAGCUUGCGGCCGCCACGGGUAAUUUUGUGGAGGAAAGCAAGCUGGGUGAGGGUGGAUUUGGCGGAGUCUUCCGAGGCUUCUUGAAGAAUCUGGACUCGCAUGUGGCGGUGAAGCGGGUUUCCAAGAACUCGAAGCAAGGAGCAAAGGAGUACGUGUCGGAAGUGAAGAUCAUCAGCCGACUACGCCACAGGAACCUCGUACAACUCAUAGGCUGGUGCCACGAGAAGCGUGAGCUCCUUCUGGUGUAUGAACUCCAACCAAACGGCAGCUUAGACUCUCACCUCUUCAACAAAAAAAAUCCCCCUUUGAACUGGGAGACGCGGUUCAAGAUCACGCGGGGGCUAGCGGCGGCGCUACUGUACCUGCACGAGGAGUGGGAGCAGUGCGUGGUCCACCGAGACAUCAAGUCGAGCAACGUCAUGCUCGACUCGGCCUUUAAUGCUAAGCUAGGCGACUUCGGGCUGGCCAGGCUCAUUGACCACGACAAGGGGUUGGAGACGACGAUGCUAGCCGGCACGAUGGGCUACAUGGCGCCCGAGUGCUUCAUGACGGGAAGGGCGAGCAAGGAGUCGGAUGUGUACAGUUUUGGGAUAGUGGCCCUGGAGAUUUCGACAGGGAGGCGACCCAUAUCGGGGCAGGUGAGGACGGUGGAGUGGGUGUGGGAGUUGUAUGGGACGGGGCGGCUGUUGGAGGCGGCGGAUGUAAGUUUGGAGGGGUGUGGAGGUUAUGAUGAGAGGGAGAUGGAGAGGUUGAUGGUGGUGGGGUUGUGGUGCGCGCAUCCGGAUGACGGGCUCCGACCGUCAAUGAAGGAGGUGGUGCGGGUUCUAGGGUUCGAAGGGGAGUCGCCACCUCAAUUGCCGCCC